AUGGUUGCUAAUAAUAUAAAGAUCAUCAAGGUUAGAUGGGGGAGGCCUCUUUACCCAUUCAUUAAAAUCAGCACUGAUGGAAGCUACACAAACAAGAGAGCUAGAAGUGGGCGGAUUUUUAGAGAUAUCACAGGGCCUUUUUUGCUCUUCUAUAAGGCCCCAUAUAUUGUUGAAGAUGUUUUGGACACUGAAGCUGCUGCUCUUUAUUGGGCCUUAAAAUUUGCUAAGGAAAACAAGUGUAAGUGGAUCUUUGCUGAAGUGGACUCCUCCCUUCUGGUGGAGCUGCUGACUGUUAAGAUUUCUUCCCCUUGGCACAUAAUCCAAUGGAUUCACAAGAUUAAGAAGCUUAGACCUGAAAUUAAGAUUCAGUUCUCUUUUGUGUAUAGGGAAGAAAAUAGGAUUGCUAACUUCCUGGCUCUGGAGGGUGAAAAUUCAGAUCAUGCUGAAGUUUCCACAAACCUCUCCCCCCUCCACCUGUUAACACAGGGGGAAGAACUUCCAAUUCCUUACCUAAGAUUGCAAAUAUGA